UGCCGACGUAGCAAAGUCAGUACAUCAUAUUAGACGUACGAGGAGUCGUACGUUUUGUCACUAACUAAUUAAGGAAACGACAAGUAAUUGGAAAUCGUUGAAGAGGUGUUCAAAGUGAAGAGUCUGUACAUUUCCAAUCGACUUAAAGCUGAGAGCUCUUAGGAGUUACAGGCCUUGGAGCGGAACAGUGGACGCGCGCUACAAAUCCAAGGUCGUCGUUGCCUAGUCGUAUUUUUUAACUCAACAGUAUGGGACGGAAAAAGAAGAAGCAGUCGAGACCCUGGUGCUGGUAUUGUAACAGGGAAUUCGACGAUGAAAAGAUUUUAAUACAGCACCAGAAAGCAAAGCAUUUCAAAUGCCACAUCUGUCACAAAAAACUUUACACAGGCCCAGGCUUGAGUAUACACUGUAUGCAGGUUCACAAAGAGACAAUAGACAAAGUUCCAAAUUCACUUCCAAAUCGAAGUAACAUAGAAAUAGAAAUUUAUGGUAUGGAAGGAAUUCCACCAGAAGAUCUUAAAGAGCACGAAAGGCAGAGGAAUGGAGGUAGACCUGGUUCUCCAAGCUCCGGUGAAGAUGAACCAGCACCAAAGAAGAGCAAGCCAGAAGGGCUGUUAGGUUCUGCACCUGGAGCUUUGGGAGGCUCCAGUAUGAUGUCACAUGGAAUGCCAGGAAUGUCUAUGAAUCAGUUCCCCCCAUCAAUGCACCAUAUGAUGGGACACAUGGGACAUGUACCUCAAUUCAUGGGACAAGGCAUUGUGCCAGGAAUGCACGGUAUGCCACCAGGCAUGCAACCUCCCGUCAGUGGAGCAUCAGUGCCAUCUAGACCAUUAUUUCCUAGUGCCACGGCUGGCUCUUCAGCUGCAUCAACUGCGUCAUCAACGCCUCUUGGUGCUGAUUUUAAGCCUAUAACAUCAAUGGCAGGCAGCUCGAUAGGGCCAGUCAAACCCACAUUCCCAGCCUACAGCAGCAGUGACAAUGGGACCUCCACAACUUCUACCUCUAGCGAUUCUAAAGUAAACAUGAUUGCAACUACAAGUGCAACUAGUAAAAUUAUCCAUCCUCCAGAGGAUCUCAGUUUGGAGGAAAUCCGAGCGAGGCUGCCGAGGUAUCAUCGUAAGCAACCUGACGAGUCUCGCUCGAGUCACUCGGAGUCGAGCAACACGGCUCAGCAACAACAGCAACAACAACAACAGCAGCAGCAGCAGCAGCAGCAGCAACAACAACAACAACAACAACAACAACAACAACAACAACAACACCAACAGCAGCAGCAGCAAGCGGCGGCUCAAGCUCAGCAAGCAGCCGCAUCAGCUGUCGCGGCCUUCCAAGACCAGCAGCAACGUCAGCAGGCGGCCUUAAACGCUCUGCAACAGCAGCAGCAGCAACAACAACGCUUCUCGAGGCCACCUCAAGUGAUGGCGAUGCCUCAAGUCUCGGCCUCUCCAAUGCCCGUGAACUCGGUUACUCUCAUGGCACCGCUUAUGCGGCCGGGCAUGACGCUCGCCGCGCCCGCGCUCAUUCACGGAGGUAACAUGAUGCGACCGCCCCCCAUGGGCCUGCCUCCAGGUAUGUUGGGAGCCGCGGCCCUGCCACCGGGUGCAAUGCAUCCGGCUUUUGGCCCCAUGGGCUUCCCCGGAUCGCCGAUGCUCGCGCCCAUGAUGCACCAUCCACGUUUCAGAUGAUCACCCCCGAUGAUCGCGGACGGUAGGCCCACCUUGGCCACGAGCUCCGCAGUUGCAGCCGGACAACCGCCACCGUCUCCGUUGCACUUUGUGCUGUGGGCCCGGCCUUAGAGACCCUAUGAAGAGAAAGAGGGAUCGUUUUCGUCCCUCCGAUCAAUAUCCAUAUACCUUUACGUACAUGUACGACGCAAGGGAGCAAAACGGGAAAGGACAUGGAUAUGUACCUAUACUAUCGUCGGUAGAAAAUCGGAGCGCAGCGAGGAAGACUUGCACUGCUACUGAUGCUACUGGUACAAGGACUCGCAUGUACACGUAACACGUUUAUUUUCGUUCGAGAGUGAAUUGAACGCAUACAGUAGGGUAAUAACAAUGAACAGACAACUGGUGUGAGACGAGUCUGCCUCUUUUUUCUCUCCUGCUCGCUCCCCCCCCCCCCCCCGUUGCGCUCUUUCCCUUUUCUUUCUUGCCUCGUUUGCCUCACCCGGUUGUAGCAAAGAUCGUGCCGUAUGAUAUAUAUACAUAUAUAUACAUAUAUAAUUUGUCGUAGCGAGAAAUCUCCCUUGAGUACUUUUGUUCCAACGCAUUACUUCAAAUCCAUCCAUUGCAAUAAAUCACGGACUUUUUGUAACAUAAUCAAAUAGUCUCUCAUGGUCUUUGAUAUUGUAGAUAUUAUAUGGUCAGUACGAGUAAAACUUUGACGACGACUUAAUACGUUAUGGCGUGAAAAAAAUACGAGCUUGUUGUUUCUGCCAGUAAAGUCUUUUUUUUUUUCAUUCCUUCAACCGGUGCAAGUUCAGAUAAUAAAGUUUUUUCGAACAUUUUAAUAGCAGAAGUCAACUAGAUUAGGAGUUUGGAAUUACAUUUAGUGAAUUAUACAUAUGAAUAAAUUGACGUGACUAUGCUAAACGUAAUUUUAUGGUCAUUGUAAUGCUUUGCUGCUCUCAGACUUACAAAUCUUACAAUCUUUGAAAUUAAAAAUCGGCACCUAAGAAAAAAAAAAAAAAAAAAAAAAAAAAAAGAGCAAGGGGAGAAAAAGAGAUAAAAGGCAAGUCAACGACAACAGAACUGAUGCGCGAGAACUUUCAAAGCAGAGUGAGAGUGAAGAUUCUUAUUUUGUUAUGUUGUAAUCGGUGUUUCAAAAAUAAAACAAACAUUACACUGAAAAAAAAA